AUGGCUCAGCCCUUGAAGAGAAAACUCGUCAUUGUUGGCGAUGGCGCGUGUGGAAAAACGUCCCUUUUGUGCGUGUUCACCAUGGGGUCGUUUCCGAGUAAAUAUACCCCAACCGUCUUCGACAAUUACGUGGCAGACUGCCGAGUGGAUGGCAAAUCGGUGGCAUUGGCAUUAUGGGACACAGCCGGACAGGAGGAGUACGAGAGACUACGUCCUCUGGCAUACGCAGACGCCAAUGUGAUCCUUAUAGGUUUCGCGGUCAAUGUGCCGGAUUCGCUGGAUAACGUGGCCGUCAAGUGGAUCAAGGAGGUCAAUGAGCGGUGUCCAGGAGUGCCGAUUCUGCUCAUUGGGUUGAAGAAGGAUUUGAGGCAGUCGGAACCAUGCAUUACCGCUGCUGAGGGCCAGGCCAUGGCGUCUCAGAUAGGUGCGAAAAAAUACCUGGAGUGCUCGGCCCUGACGGGACAAGGUGUGGACGAUGUAUUUGAGGUGGCCACGAGGGCAUCCUUGCUGGUUACUGCCAAACCGGAGAGUAAGGGUUGUUGCAUUGUCAUCUAA